UUUUCGCUGGGCUUCGCUGGGCUUCGGGAAACGCGGGGAACGAGGCUGGCUGCUCGCCAUUUUUGGGUUCCCCACCCGCGAGUUUUCGGAACGCAAGGCUGACGGGCGUCCCGACGGCACUCGACUCGCGUCGCUCUACUCGCUCGGGUAGCGGUUGUUAUAGUUACGUGAGGAAAGUCGCAAAUAAAAAGCCGCCACCAUGGACGCGAUUAAGAAGAAGAUGCAAGCGAUGAAGCUUGAGAAGGACAACGCGCAGGAUAAAGCCGACACCUGCGAGGGACAGGCCAAAGAGGCAAACCUCCGCGCGGACAAAGUCCUCGAGGAAGUCAACGACCUGCAGAAGAAGUUGCAGCAGGUCGAGGCCGACCUUGUAGCCAACAAGCAGAACUUGGAGCAGGCUAACAAGGACCUCGAAGAGCGUGAAAAGUCCCUCACCAACGCUGAGUCCGAGGUGGCUGCUUUGAACAGGAAAGUCCAGCUGAUUGAAGAGGACUUGGAACGCUCUGAGGAGCGUCUGGGUACCGCGACGACGAAACUGACCGAAGCUUCCCAGGCGGCUGACGAGUCGAGCCGUAUGUGCAAAGUAUUGGAGAACCGCAGUCAGCAGGAUGAGGAGAGAAUGGACCAGCUCACGAACCAGCUGAAGGAGGCUCGUCUCCUUGCUGAGGACGCUGACGGAAAGUCCGACGAGGUAUCCCGCAAGCUGGCCUUCGUUGAAGACGAGCUUGAGGUAGCUGAGGACCGUGUCAAGUCCGGAGAAGCCAAGAUCAUGGAGCUUGAGGAGGAACUCAAGGUUGUCGGCAACAGCUUGAAAUCCCUGGAAGUGUCCGAAGAAAAGGCCAACCAACGAGUUGAGGAAUUCAAGCGCCAGCUCAAGACCUUGACUGUCAAGCUAAAGGAGGCCGAAGCUCGUGCAGAAUUCGCCGAGAAGACCGUCAAGAAGCUCCAGAAGGAGGUUGACAGGCUUGAAGACGAACUUGGAAUCAACAAGGACAGAUACAAGUCGUUGGCCGACGAGAUGGACUCCACCUUCGCCGAAUUGGCUGGAUAUUAAUAACUUAUGUUUACAAAUUAUCAGUAAUAUUACGAAUAUCAUUGAAAAUGUUCAAACCCUCCAUCGAAUACACGUUAAAAAAUUACG